UACGUAAGUGUCGGCCAUGUUGGCUUAACACUCGCCAUUUGCAGCAAAUUAAUAAAUAAAGUAAAAAUUCGUUAAAGAUAGCCAGCAACAAUGCAAAUAAAGAUUGUGUGAAAUAUGGAAUAACUCAUCACAUAAAGAUUAAAAAAAUAUUUGCAGUGGAAUUCUACGAUUACAUGCAUUGAAGCAGCAUAAUUAUCUAUCUUUAUAAUGGGGGACCGUGACAUCCCUAGCGUACCAGUCACAACAUUAGCUGGCCUAACCAGUACUUCAGAUUUGCUCAGCGAAUUACCAGUCUCAGAUUCUCUUCAGAGCGCAGCAUCAUUUAAUAAAUCGUUGCUAUUUCACUCACUGGUGGCUAAUGAAUCCAAUAAUUUAUUGUCUGUUCGCGAUGAGAACCUGGUGAGACAAUUGGUGAAUGCCAUUGAGCAAACGAACUCGGAUAAUAUAGAACUAAAACCGCAAUACAGCAUCCAACAACACGGCGCCAACAUUAGUACAUAUCCUGAACUACUGCAGGGUAUUUACAACUAUCGCCCAACUGUAUUUAACACACCGCGUAGAACUGUAAUCAAUGAUAAUACGACACAUCAACACCUGAAUAUUCAUUCUGAGCAUUCACAAAUUCAAGAGAGUACUUCACAAAGUCAGUCAAUUGGACUCGUUAAUGAUAUAUGUCAGACAGCUUACAAUUUAAAUACUGAUCGCAUUCAGCACCAGGUGCCAAAGGAUUAUGCUGAUCAAUCAAUCAGCAAAAAUGUUCCGGGACUGCUACAAAGUCGCGACUCGAGAUUAAAUAGGAAUGUAAACGAAUCCAUUGAAAAUCAAAUGCAGGGGCAUCCAGUACAGGAAUUGAACGUCAUCCAGCCAAGUUUAGUGGGACAGGAAGAACAUCACUCAGAGUCAGUGAUUCAAUCCGUGAAUCAACAUGGACGCCAAGCCCAAGCAUAUUAUCCGAAUCCAUUGAAUGAGCAGGUUGCUCAGCAGCCAGACUUACAACCCCUGCAACAACAGCCGGCACAGCUUUUACAAAUGAGAGAUAUAAUGCAGCAUGCCCCAUUACAAUCUCAAGCUCCGACAACAACUACGUCGACAAUACAAGGAAAUUUCCAAAAUGUAUUAAAUUUACAAAGGCAACAGAAUGCAGAUUUAGCAACAAUGCAGCAUCAGGAGCUUGAAAAGCCAAAUCAACAUUACGCUAAACCCCAAUCUCCAGCUCCAAUUCAAUCCCUCUUCGUACCCAAUUCUUCCCAGGGCAACAAAGUAUUUGGACACGAAUUCAAUCAAUGUGCGCAACCAAUAUCGACAGCUACUUCGGCGUCUACAUCUUCAAGCGGCAAAUCCCAGGUUCGGGUAUGUAUAAAUCGUCUUAACGUUGAAGAUGCACGUCUUAUGCAACAGAGUAUUAAAAAGUUUGUACAAAAGUCACCAGAAUUGGCUAGAAAUAUGGGGUUGCUACAGGAAACAGCUAGCAAGCACAAUGACAGGCAAAAGUUUAUGAAUAAAGAAUUCAAUACCGUUGGAUUACCUGAGGUUGUUCCUACAACUGAAAUAACCAACGUUGGCAGUGCACAAUCUUCUGCUUCAGUAGAUAUGUUUACUGUUAUUAAAGCUGAUGAGAAACGAAGUAGCACGAAAAGGAAAGUGGCAAUUUCGCUUGGUGACAUUCCUCCGGAGCAAAUAUUUUCAAAGCCCAAACUACGUCGCGUGGAGCGUACAAUGUCGUUAACAACACCAAAAGGUACAAAAGAAGAAGUAACGCGAUCGCAAACAUACCAACAGUUUAUGAGAAACAUGGAGCAAAUCAUUGAAAUGCUUGAUGAUACCGAAUCCCCAAAUUUCGAUUCAGAGGACGUCGAUGAAAAUAUUGAAUGCAUUUCACCAAAACUUCUUAAUACAAUGAGUGAUGAUGUUGCCAAGUUGAAAGCAAAACAAGCACUGGACUCAAUUCCCAAAAAUAAACUAACUUUGCUAAUUAACUACGCCAUGCGAAAUGUUUAUUUGGCCAGAAAUUAUUCUGCUGGACCGGAAGAUGAAGAUGAAAUUGUUGAUGAUGAAAUCAUUGAAAAAAUAUUAAACGCAAUGGAUGCUUGCUUACUUAUAUGCAACAUUUACUCAACAGUUAGCGACCUAAAGUUUUUGCAGGAGGAUAAUAUUUCACAUAUUAUUAAAUUUGCUCAAUUUCAAUUACGUGAAACAAUAUUUCCAUUACAUGAUCCUGUAUAUACAGUAAAAAAUGUGAAAAAAACGAGCCAACGCAAAAAGACAAAGUCCCAUCAGAAUCAUCAUCGCAGUCUGCAACUUUUUUACUCAAAAGUUGUUGAGCUGCUAAAAGUUUUUGUGGCGCUAUUUGAUAAGUGCAUUUUUGUCGAUACUAUAGUAUUACCCCUGUCAACACUCGCAAUAGAGCCAUUUUUUGUUGAUAAUAUUGAAACUCUGCAAUUUGUUUGCUUGGAACUAGUUACAACUAUAUUUCGAAAGGAAAAAUAUGAUAAAAUACGAAACAGUAUCUUAGGUGAUAUAUUGUCUUCGAUUGAUCGUUUGCCCUCAUCAAAAAAGAAUCUGCGACCAUAUAAACUCACAAAUAACGGCGGCAAUAUACAAAUGGUUACUGCACUUGUGCUCCAGUUAAUUCAAUGUGCUACAAUUCUCACGGACUCGCUUGCUGAUAUUAGUCGCGGCAGUGUCAAAACGCAAACUCUUCAAGAUUUUGAUGACGAUCUACCAAGUGGCGCCUCCCAAAUAAUAAAGCCAAAUCAGGAUAUACUUGUGUUGAAAAAGUACGACGUUGCCGUCAGUAUUGGUGGCAAUUUUUUAACGACGUUUUUAAACAAAUGCAAGUCCCGAAACAACGAAACUGACUUUCGUCCUCUAUUUGAAAACUUUAUUCAUGACCUUUUGGCCACCGUAAAUAAGCCUGAGUGGCCAGCCUCCGAAUUGUUACUUUCAUUGUUAGGAACCAUGUUAGUUCGCUAUGUAUCGGAUAAAUCAAUUGAACAAAGUAUUCGGUUGGUCUCCUUGGAUUACUUAGGAAUUGUAGCUGCGCGCUUACGUAAAGACACAGUAGAGUCGCGAUGUAAAGUAAAUAUUAUUGAUUCAAUGAUUAAAUCAAUAAAAGCAGAACAAGAAAAAGAGGGUGAUUUAACCAUAACUGAUUCAAAAAUCGAGCUUCACCCUGAAGAACAGCGAACGGAAUUUCUUCAAAAAAUACUCCUUGAUUUUCUCGCCGUAAAUGCACAAGAGGAGAAUUUGAUUUGGGACUAUGCUCGUCAUUUUUAUUUGGCGCAAUGGUAUCGGGAUGUCAUUUAUCAACGUCGUCGAAUAAAGGAGGGCGAAAAAGGGUUUGCUUCAAACAAACCCAAAUCUCGGUCAAAACAAAGAUCAGGAGACUAUUCCGGCUCUUCGGAUUCUGGGUCCUGCGAUGAAAAUGAUCCUGAAGACUCCAAUAAAAAUGGUAGUCGUUCUAUCGAUGCAGUUGAUUAUGAACUCAAUUUAGAAAUUUUUAACGUUUUGGAAGAACGAAAACAAUACUUAAUCAGCAAAAUUAAACCAUAUUCGGUAUCAGGCGAACAUAACCAUACAUCACUUCAACAUAUAAAGACUUAUAUAGAUUACAACAAUGCACAAUUAAUAGCACAAUAUUUGGCUACCAAGCGGCCAUUUAGCCAAUCUUUUGAUGGAUGUCUUAAAAAAAUUAUUUUAGUCGUUAAUGAACCAUCAAUUGCUGUGAGAACGCGGGCAAUGAAAUGUCUGGCAAAUAUAGUCGAGGUAGAUCCGUUGGUUCUAAAAAGAAAAGACAUGCAGAUGGGUGUUAAUCAAAAGUUUCUGGACACUGCUAUUUCAGUACGGGAAGCUGCUGUUGAUUUGGUUGGUAAAUUUGUUCUUAGCAAUCAAGAACUAAUAGACCAAUACUAUGAUAUGCUAUCGACUCGAAUAUUGGACACUGGUGUUUCAGUGCGCAAACGUGUCAUUAAAAUUUUGCGCGAUAUCUGUAUUGAAUAUCCAGACUUCGAAAAAAUUCCCGAAAUCUGUGUAAAAAUGAUUCGCCGAGUGAAUGAUGAAGAGGGCAUCCAAAAGCUCGUCACAGAAGUCUUUAUGAAAAUGUGGUUUACGCCUUGCAUAAAAAAUGACAAACAUGGCAUACAGCGAAAAAUAAAUCAAAUUAUUGAUGUUGUAAACACAGCUCACGAUACGGGUACAACAUGGUUGGAAGGUCUUUUGAUGAGCAUUUUCAAACCAAAGGAAAAUAUGCUUAAGCUGGAUGGAAGUGCCCAAGAGCCGGUGAAAAAGAAUACAGAACCUCCAGCAGAAAUUGUUUUAGCGUGUCAGCAAUUAGCGGAUGGACUUGUUGAUCGUCUAAUUGAAUUGGAGGAUACUGACAAUGCACGUAUGCUCGGCUGUAUAACGACACUUCACCUUCUGGCUAAAGUUCGACCUCAACUCUUAAUUCGCCACGCUAUGACUAUCGAACCAUAUUUGAAUAUCAAAUGUCAUUCAGCUUCUGCUGCCAAAUUUAUAUGUGCAGUCGCCGAUAUUCUUGAAAAGGUUGUACCCCUUGUUAACAACGCAAGUGAAUCGUUUUUGGCAUCGCUAGAAGAACAUUUGAUGCUUUUGGUUGUUUCCCGUAAUCAAGCUGAAGUGACAAGUUGUGUGUCCUGCUUGGGAGCACUUGUUAACAAGAUAACAAAGAACUAUAAACUAAUUCGCGACUGUUUCCAGAAAUUCUAUCGAGUUCUCGAUCUUUCAAGAAAUCAAGUGGUGCAUAAUGGUUCUAAUAUAGAUCAUAUUUAUACACCAAGUUUUCGGAGAAGCCUCUUUACGAUUGGUAUUCUGAUGCGUUAUUUUGAUUUUAAAUCCCCUAAUACUUUAGGUGAAUCAAAUUCAGGACUUCCUGCUUCUAUAUGCGACAACGUAUUCGAGUGCUUAAUGUUCUUUUGUGCAUGUUCUAAUCAUGAAAUUCGCAAACAGGCGCUGAUAUCCCUUGGUUCAUUUUGUGUUAUGAAUGAUGAUUAUCUGACACGAUCGGAGCUUAAGCAAUUUUACUGUGAUUUACUAAGAUCAUCCUCAAAUGAUGGUGGCGUUAAAAUUAUAUGUAUGCGCAAUAUUUGGAUUUAUUUAACUGAAUCUGAAAUGUUCAUGCAUAAUAAAGAAAAAGAGUGGGAAAAGCAAUCAAAACAUGAAGACCUGAAGGAAAUGAAUGAUGUUUCGUCCGGUAUGGCUAGUCGCAUUAUUCAACUGUAUUUGGAAGAAAUUCUCGAUUGUUUCCUUAAUCGCGAUGACACGGUACGUCUGUGGGCCGUUAAAGUUGUACAAAUUGUGCUGAGACAAGGCUUGGUUCAUCCAGUCAGAAUGGUACCUUAUUUAAUAUGUUUAAGUACCGAUUCUAAAGUUGAGUCGGCCCAUCGAGCUGAUGCUUUGCUGAAAGAUAUUGACAAAACAUAUUCGGGCUUUGUAAAUAUGAAAGUUCAAUUUGGACUACAGCUUUGUUUCAAACUGCAAGAAAUUUUGCAAGUGAAUAACAAGGCCAAAAAUGAAAUAAUUAGGGGUUAUGCCAAACGUGGACCAGACCAAGUAACAACAGCUUUAAACGAUUUUUUAUAUACACUGCUGCGAACGACGAAGCCACAAAGGCGCGCUUUGGUUCAAACAGUAACCAAACAAUUCGAUGAUCAAAAAACGUCUUUGCAACAAAUGUUAUAUAUUGCCGAUAAUCUCGCCUACUUUCCAUAUGCAGUACAGGAUGAGCCUUUAUAUCUAAUACACCAAAUCGACUUGCUCAUAUCUAUGGCUGGUACACAUCUGUUAACUACUUUUAAAGAACAUCUUAGGCCUAGUGAUAAUAGAGGCGAUGUUCUUGAAGAUGAUGAUGAUGAAGAGGAUCCACAGGUUCUUUAUAAUCGACUGCCUGAAGAUAUGACCGAAAUCAAAAAAUGCAUAACGUCUGCUCAAGCGUGUAUGCUACUUUUGGUUCUUAAGGAACAUUUAAAAGAAAUGUAUGGAUUGACUGAUGGCAAAAUAUCGCGAUAUUCGCCGUCAGAACAAAAAAUUUAUGAAAAAGCAGUUACGCGUCGGAGCAUUACAGAUUUCGAUCCAAGAACAACAAUCGAUGUGAUUAAAAAGCAACAGUCUCAAAACUAUACUAAUAACGAAUCUGAAAACUUCUCGAGACCACUCACCAAUGAUGAGAAACUAGAUCUUGUUGUUAAAUACUUGGACUUCAAACAGCUUAUGCUUAAACUGGAUCCAGAAGAUGCAGAUUCUGAUGCAGAUGAAUCUCGCGACAAAUCUAAAUUGAAUAAUUCUGGACUUGUUGAUGAUACAAUAGCUCAGAAUAAUAAGGCAGCUGGAUACAUUUUAAACGAAAAACCCAGCUCUCUUGGAACACUGAACGUUAACAAUAGUAACAUUCAAUCAGCAUCGACGAUAUUAGUUGAAACGCAUGGUUCCGUCGCCCCCACACCGCCUCGAUCAGCAAAAUCUACAUUUUCUCCUGCAAAGUUAAUUUCACGUAAGCAGAGUCAACAACGAAGUAAAAAGAAACGGCGCAAAAUUGUGUCAUCUGAUGAAGAUGAUGAUUACAGUGGUGAAGACUAUGCGUGAGAAAAGGUGUUUUAGUUUUAUUGGUUCAACCAUGAAGUAACGCAGAAAAUAUAUUAAAUAUAAUUAGAUACCUAGGCUUAAAUUGUAAUAAUCUAAAGUAGUGCUACACGUAUGUAUGUAUUAUUUAUUUUCUAAAACAUUAGUGUUAAAUAGCAAUAAACAUUAACUUUUACCGUACAUGUCUAAAAUAAGCAAAACAGUUAAUAAUUUUUUGUAGCAUAUACAUUCAUCCUUAGUUGUUGUUUGAAGAAAACAAUAUAAUAAAAUACAAAACUUGUAUAUUUUUUAUAUCGUAAUAGUUUAUGUAUUAUUUAGCAGUUAUAUAUAUAUAGAGAAAAAUGAAAUGUAGCUAGAUUGAGAUAAGUCCAUGCUAGAAGCGAGUACAAUAAUGUGGUACAUUGAAAUUAAUAUAUGUACUUACUCGUGCAAAAUAACCCGAAAAAGUAUCAACUUAGAUCAAAAUCAACUUUUAUGUAAAAAAUUGUAAGCUAUCAAAGUCAAUAAGGACUGCAUUUGUUUAUUUAAAAAUUAAAAAUUUAUUCAACUGAUAGUUUUCAGAAUUUGUACUUUACUGGCAUUUGACCAUAUAACUUAUUUUCUAAAAUUCAAUUUGAAAAAGCAAAAACUUUUAUUCUUUAUUCUAAGUCUACUUUAUUCAAUGGGUAUACAACAUUAAAGAAAGGAAUUCCUUUUACUCAUAUUUAAUAAAACACGUGAGCAUGCAUUACGCCAAUCCGCGCCACUAAAAGUAUGUAUGUAAAUGGCGUAGCUUUAAUGGAUCCUUUUGGAUAAAAUUCAGCCAUAUCGAAUAAUGUACAUUAUUGUAUUUCAUAGAUUCAAAACAAAAAAUCUAAUAUUAUUUCGCGUCACAUAUACUUGUAAAUAAAUAUAUAUUUAAUUAGUUUAAAUAAUGCAGAUAAAAAUAUUUAUUACUAU